GAGUUGGACGUGGCGAGAGAGCUUUCGUAUUGUCCUGGCACGGAUGCGAUAGGCUCGUCCGUCCUAUCCCAACGAAUAUUAUCAUCAUGACAUCUCUCGGCUCCCUACUCAGAAAGCUGAGACAGGGGCUGGGGUUUGCUUCGCCAGCAAGAUCGCAACAAACCAGUAGAUGAGACAGAAGGCAACGCUUUGGAGGCUGAGACUCUUCUGAAGUGAACUGCCUGUCUGCUUCUUUGACCGGUGUAGCCUGUCUGACUGGAAGGAUUUUUGUUACACCGAUUACCCAGAACUUGACGAGCCUGUAGAGCACCUCCCCCAGCUUUGUGUAUUAGUUGAUUUAAUAAGAAAGGAGAGCGCGUGGAGUCGGCUGAAACUGUCUGUAGAGACUCCACAAGAGGGCUUCAAGUGGUAGCGAACAGCUCUGAUUCAUCACAAGUAUCACUGUUAAAAGGAAUAAGGAAGAAAAAGAAAAGGGCAAACAUGUUUGACCGAACAGGAGUCCCCUUUGUUUUCCUUGAUAUAAUCUGCGUAGUCCUGGCUGGUUUGCCACUUGCAGUUCUUAACCUGGCCAAAAUAAAACCGUAUCAAAGAGGCUUUUUCUGUAACGAUGACAGCAUCAAGUACCCGUACCAUGAAAGUACCAUUACUUCCACUGUUCUUUAUUCAGUGGGCUUUACACUCCCCAUUUGUUCUAUGAUCGUGGGAGAAUGCUUGUCAGUGUAUAGUAAACGCUUGCAUUCAAAUUCCUGUUUUAGAAACACCUAUGUGGCCUGCCUAUACAAGGCCAUUGGGACUUUCCUGUUUGGAGCUGUCAUAAGCCAGUCAUUGACUGAUAUUGCAAAGUACUCCAUUGGACGGCUACGACCUCAUUUCUUAGCUCUUUGCCAACCAGACUGGUCAACCAUCAACUGCAGCUAUGGCUACAUUGAGAAUUUUACAUGCACAGGAGACAAGACAGCUGUCAAUGAAGCCCGGCUGUCCUUCUACUCCGGACACUCCUCAUUCUCAAUGUACUGCAUGCUGUUUUUAGCACUUUAUAUUCAAGCAAGACUGGUAGAAGAGUGGGCAAGACUGCUGCGUCCCACAAUCCAGUUUUUCUUAAUUGCAGCUUCUGUCUACGUAGGCCUGUCCCGUGUCUCGGACUACAAGCAUCACUGGAGUGAUGUGCUGACCGGCCUCAUCCAGGGGGCAGUGGUGGCCAUAUUGAUUGUUGCCUUUGUAUCUGACUUUUUUAAAGUAAGGACCACUUCCUUUUCUCCAAAGGAGGAAGAUAUUUCUCACUCAACUUUACAUGAAACCCCAACAAAUGGAAAUCACUAUGGCUCCUCUCACUAGACCAAAAAUAAAUACAUAAAGAAAUUCAACCAAAAGAACUGAUGUGGACACCCUGUGAAUGUAAUCUUGCUUCUUUCUUUUCUAAGACCUACGUGUGAGCUGAAGAGUCGUGGUGGCUUCACUUCUUUUUAAAAAGAGCCUUGGAGGGACUGCUGCUAUACAACAAUAAGUCCACUGUGUAUAUAAUAUGUAUAUCUCACAAGUAAACACAAAUAUUAAAAGAAAAUGUAUAAGCAGUAACACUUGUUUAAUUUGUAUCGGUCACUAUAUAUGAAAAGAAUGAGCAGCAAUUAAGCAUCAUGUGUUUGUUUUUUUUUUAUUAAAAAUGUGGUAAAAGCUUAAUAUGUACAAACUGUUGCAUAUAUUGUAUUAUCAUUAACAACUGAGAAAAUAAAACAUUUAAGACACCUA